CGGUGUUGGCAACAGCUGAUUGUGAGGAUGGACUCCCCCGAUGUGACAUUUACUUUGGCAUAUGUUGUGUUUGCAUUUUGUUUUGUGUUUACGCCAAAUGAGUUCAGAUCGGCAGGCUUUACCGUUCAGAAUUUGUUCUCUUUUUGGCUCGGGAGCGAAGACAUAGGUUUCGUCCAGUACCACAUCAGGAGAACGACCUUAACCCUCGUUGUCCAUUGCUCACUGCCUCUUGGUUACUACCUGGGUAUGUGUAUAGCUGCCCCAGAUAAAAAGCUGAUCUAUGUGUACCUGGCAAGUGAAGGAUGGCAGCUGUACUUCACUGUGUCAGCUGCUGUUCUGCUUCUGAGUUGCCUCGUCGCUCUCUAUUGGUCUGGCAAGAAAUGGGCAAAUCACACCAUAUCAAAAACGUUAGCCUCCCAUGCCUUACCUCAAUCCAGCUGGAGAGCUGUAGCUUCCUCUAUCAACACGGAGUUCCGCCGAAUCGAUAAGUUCGCUACAGGUGCGCCAGGUGCCAGAGUCAUCGUUACAGACACCUGGAUCAUGAAGGUCACCACCUACUAUGUCCAUGUGGCCCUGCAGCAAGACACACACCUGACUGUCACCGAGUCGAAGCAGCAUGAUCUUUCACCUGACUCUGGCACGCCGGUGCAGAUCCUGACCCUUAGUGUCGCCAGUAUCAAUCCCAAUGUCAAGCCCUUUGACAUCAGGUUAAAUUCCACAGAGUACACUGAACUCCGAGACAAACUACAGGCUCCUGUGAGGAAUGCAGCAAACGUGGUCAUCCAUCUGACCAUGAGUGAGCUCUUUUUGGAGACCUUCAGGUCUUUCGUGGAGCUGAACCAAGUCUAUGAAAGCCCCAGUGGUCAGGAGCUGGAGCCCUGCAUUGGCUGCAUGCAGGAGACGGCCAACAUCAAGCUGCUGCACCUGUGCCACGGAGAGGGCGAGGGUGAGGGCGAGUGCCAGCAGUGCUACUGCCGCCCCAUGUGGUGCCUGACCUGCAUGGGCAAGUGGUUUGCCAGCCGGCAGGACCAGCAGCGGCCUGAGACCUGGCUGGGCAGCAGGGUGCCCUGCCCCACCUGCAGGGCCAAGUUUUGCAUCCUGGACGUCUGCAUUGCCCGCUGAGUCCAACUCCAAAACCCAGAGGUGAAAUGAUGGAUGGAAUGGUUCAGAUGAAAUUUGAAUUUCAACAGACAAUUCAAAGACACUUUGAGAAUUGAAUCUAAAAACACUUGGUUGGAUCUGUGCUGCCGUUUUCCAGAAGGCAAUAGACUGCCAAAUGAUGAAUGACUUUUGACCUCUUACUUCUUUUCUUUUUCCCUUCACACCAGUAAGACUACGAACGUCAUACGUGCCUUCUGUCAGUUUGCCUUGUUUUUUCAGGCCAUUAAAUGUAGAAAAAUGUUACAUUGCCCAUCCUAGACACAACAGUUACUUUCUCCAAUACAUUUACAAAUGCUGAUUUUUAAAAAGUUGGUGUUAUUGCACUUGUAUCAUUCUGGAUUAGUUAAACUUCCCCCCAACAUUGAGUGAGCACCAGUGUUGCAGCCACCACAGUUUGAAUUCUUGAAAAAGCUAAUGUCCUGCUAAUGUCCUGCCAAAGGACAUAACCGUUUUACCAAAGGGCUUGCCUCUCCAGUUUUGAGCUUAAAACAGCAUAAUGCAAAAAUUGUAUUCUAUACCCCUUGUAUAAUAUUUUUUGAUAUCCCUUCAGCAUAAUUUUUGAUUAUGCAGAGUUUCAUGAGGGUGCUUUGGACUGUGCUGCAUAAUGAAAAAUGGUGCUGAAGGGAUUCCCAGCGCGUCAAAGCUGACGUAAAGGAUCACCCCACAGCCCACUCCACCAAAGGUACAGUACACAGUGCAAUACGUGGCACACUGGGCCAAUGACUGAACGCAGAUCGCCUUAUUAUCAAAGUUGGAGCUUUGAGUCGUUCUUUUAAAGUAGAAAUGUAAGGUACAGCGUAGUGUUUGUGGUGUCUACACUUGGACACUGAGGCAAGGUUCAGACAGAAAAUGUCAGUAUUGUGUAUUCAUUGUUGUGGUGUAAUCAUACAUGUUUUGAUGGGGUAAUGGCCUUCUUUCGUUAGUUUAUUGACGAGCAGGUACAGGACCGAGUGUGUGACAACAACAGAAUGCUACAUGGCAGAAACUAGUGUCAGUCUCUUGAAGCAUGUUUUUCACAUGUGGGGAGAUGCCAAAGCAUAUGAUUGUGUGCUUGAGAUAAAUUAGUGAAUCUUGAUCGUAAUUCUUUGAUUCUGUAAAAAAGUUUUUUUGUUUGGGAUGUUUUAUAGAUAUCAACAUGUCAUCUAAGGGGACAAAGGAUUCUAGCAGUCAUAGAUAACUAUACAUUUAGCAAACACAGCUUGUAAUGGCUGUCAUCCUGAUUUGGAAGGAUGGAAACCUUCAGAAGGCCAUAAUCUUAAUUUUCAGUUUGCAAAAAUGUUGUUUUGUUUCAGUUAUAGAGGGUUUCUCCACAAUGUUUCAGCCCUCAAUUGCAGUCACAGCUUUCUGUUUAACUUGAGAUGAAUAAAUUCAUUUGGUCUUCUCCCUCGUGUGAAUAUGAUCUACACAGAGGGAAAUGAAACAUGAUGUUUUUCUCUUGGACUUUAUAAUCCUGGCAAUCAAUAUGGCAUUGGACGUUAUAAAAUGACUGGAUAAUCUUCACAAACAAUAACUCAGGGAAUUGUUAUUUGUCCUCUGUCCAAAUUUGUACUGUGUCUCGACCUGUAUAAUCUCUUUUUUUGAUAAAUAAAUAUGUAAAUAAAUGUCUUAGUUUGAAUCUUUCUCCUGUAUUUUAGUAUUAAUGUUUAUAGAGUAUUAAGGGUUUGUUUUUCUGUUCACCUUUUUGUUUUCUGUCACACAAAGUAAUUCUAUGCUUCCACUGUCUACUUUUGGAUUACCUCCAUGGCACACACUUGACCAUAAUAUCUCACUGCAUCACUUCUGUUUUUACAUACUGCAUGACCGUGUCCAUUCCCUGCC